AAAAUCCCUAAUUUCCCCCCUAGAAACCCCCAACUUUACAAACACACCGUCCUCUAAAACUUUUAACUCCAUGCCCAUUGCUAUUUUUGCUUCUUCCCUAUUUUUUUUUUCUGAUGAGACUCUUAAUCUUUACAUACAACAGGAACUUUGUGAUACUAGGAGGAGAGGAGGGGUUCCAAAUGCUCGUUUAUGCCUUGGUUUGGGAUUCAGAUGCCUUACGUUGUUGCAUAUUGCAUCAUGUUCCUUCAAUUGGCCAUGCUUGUCUUUGGGAAUCAUGGAUCACUUAAUCUCCUGGGAAUGUUAAAAUUAGAAGCAGAGAAGGUAUUCAACCAGGACAUGUUUUUCAAGAAGACUGUCAAAUAUGUUGGAGAGCCAAUGACCCACUUGGAAUCUAUUGCUUCCUCUGCGCUGAAGAAAAGCCUGUCUUCUGUUCAAAUAAAUGGAGGUGAAACUUUAAAUGUGCAGCACAAUAAGAGCUCUGCUUCUGUUCAAAUAAAUGGAGGUGAAACUGUAAAUGUUGGAGUGGAGGUAGCUAAUUCGGAAGUAGAAUACAUUGAAUCUGAGAACUUGAGUGAUCUAGAAGAUGUUGAUACAUGUCUUAAGAAGCUCUUACCUGGACUUGACUUUAAAGAUUGGAUUCUGGUUGUUGAAACACUCAAUAAUGUUCGUCGAUUAUCAGUAUUCCAUAAGGAAAGAAUGCAUAGUAUGCUGGGUGAUUUGAUCCAUCUUGUAGUUAAGUCCUUGAAGAAUCCUAGGUAUGCAUCCUUAUAAUUGGUGUGAAGUCUUGUAUAACCUCAUUUUCUCUUCGUUGGCUGGUCAUGAUGCCUUAUGAGUUGUUGUUAAUAAAAGAAGUUGGAACUAGUUUAUCCAUCUACUAGCACGUUUAAAGAAUUAGAGCUAUUGCAUGUCUUGUUCCUAUUGGACUCUGCAUCUGGAACCCAUGUGAGAGCUACAAAAAUGAUAAAAGUGUUGAUGGUGGAUUUGACAACAAUGAACUAGAAUAUGAAGAAACUCACAAAAUAAUCAUUUUGCCUAGCUGCUUGAAAUCUUCCUUUUCCAUCUGUGGAGUUGCCUGAGAAGGUAAGGUUGGCAGUUGAUGCUAUUUUCAUGGCUGAGGGUGCUGAACGGAAAGAGCAUAUGGGUAUUAAGCUUCUAGCAGACAAUGCGCCAAAGGCCAUGAAGGAACAAAAAUUAGAGAGCUAUUUCGGCCGCAAGAUUGCCAUGUAGUUACUCAAAGAAGGCAGAUGCUACUGUAGUUACUCAAGAUUGCCAUGUAGUUACUCAAGAUUGCCAUGUAGUUACUCAAAGAAGGCAGAUGCAAGAAGCCAUGGAGGUAUUUUUCUUUGGUCAAACAUGGAGUGAUAAGUAAAGUUUACUUUUGUUGUUUCAUCACUAUGGAAAAUUAAGGUGCUGUUGUUUUUAUUAUUAGACUGGAAAUAAGGAGGACAUUGAAAUAAGGUAGCCAAAAUUUUGUCACCUGUCAGUAAUAGAUACUUGUAGAGUUCAAUCAAUUCAACGCCGUAAGAAAACGGAAGCGUAUGUAUAAUAACUGUAUUUGUAGUAUUGAUUUUUGUUAUAUAAUAAUGAAAGGAAUAUAUGUUCUUUUCCCGUAUAAUGAAA